AUGGCCGAGGGCGAAGGUGCUUCCCUGCCUGCCCCAUCAACAGCCCAGGGGGAAGGGCUGCUGGCUGAGGGAGGCUGGAGGCUGACCUGUAACCUCUCCACUUUCUUCCCUGGGAAACCACCUGCAGCCACCCAGGUGCUGGGCACGGUUAAGUGGUUCAAUGUUCGCAACGGCUAUGGAUUUAUUAACAGGAACGACACCAAGGAGGAUGUUUUUGUGCACCAGACAGCCAUCAAGAGGAACAACCCUCGGAAGUUCCUGCGCAGCGUCGGCGAUGGGGAGACGGUGGAGUUUGAUGUUGUGGAAGGAGAGAAGGGCGCUGAGGCGGCCAACGUCACCGGCCCGGGUGGCGUGCCGGUGAAAGGCAGCCGCUAUGCCCCCAACCGCCGGCGCUUCCGCAGAUUCAUCCCCAGGCCCCGGCAGGCCCAGCUGCCACCGCAGGACGCCACCAGAGUGGAAGGGGCUGCUGAGCCGGUCAGCGAGGGGGAGAGAGCCGACGACGCCAUGCAGCAGCAGCAGCCCCGCAGGAGGCGCCCUUUGCCAUUCUUCUUCCGCCGGAGAUUUGUGCGUGGGCCCCGGCCUCCGAUCCAGCAGCAAGCCCAGCCGGUGCAGGGCAUGGAAGGCGCAGAACCUAAAGAUGCCACCCAGCCGGAGGGAGACCAGCAACUGCCAGUCCAGGCAGGGGAGAGAGCUCCGGCCCCUCGCUUCCGGCCCAGAUACCGCAGACCCUUCCGCCCCCGCCCGCCACAACAACCCACCACUGAAGGAGGCGACGGUGAGACCAAAGUGGUGCCAGCCCCAGCAGACGGCAUCCGUCCCGAACCCCAGCGCCAGCGUAACCGGCCCUACUUCCAGCGCAGACGGCAGCAAACAGCUGGCACCCGGCCGGCGGCGGCAGAGCCGACCGUUACCGCCUCCAAAGACCAGCCUGCUCUGAGCUCUGCCGCUGCGGGGGACACCCCUGCUGCCAGCACCCCGGCCACCACUCAGGAACCAGCGCUGGAAGCCAGCAAACCUGCUGCCCCCGCUCCGGAGGGUCCCUCCCAGCCACUGCCUGAGAUCCAGCGACAGCUUGUGGAUGUGUCCAUCUUGCCCGUAUCCAAGUUACCUCGUACUGCACAGAGACCCCAAACGCCACCCAGUCCCCCCUCUCCUCGCUGCUGAUCGAAGCCAAGAAUGUGAACCCCAAGGGGGGACUGAACACAAUCUUUAAGUUAAAAAAAACGACUUUUUUUGAGAGGCUAGUCUCCCCACCUCCCACAGCUUCCUCAGUUCAAAGGGAAACUGGCUGUUGAAACUUAAGUUAAUUCCCUCCCUCCCCCCCAUUUUUUUU